AUGGAGCCCUCUGGGUGCGGGUCCACGGCUCUGGAGCGCUUACCUUUCAACAACACCGCGUUGAAAAAGCUGCCGGUGGAUGACUCCCAGGAGCCCGGGUCCCGGACGGUCCCAGCGGCGUGUUUCUCCAGAAUUCGGGCUCUACAGCCCCUGUUACGCCCGGCGUUAGUGUCCCAGUCGCAGUCGGCGCUGGCUCUGCUCGGCCUCAGUGUGCAGGAUGUGUUGGCUGAUCCUCGGGCUCCGGAGUACCUGAGCGGCUCCAGGCUGCUGCCGGGCUCCGAGCCGGCUGCUCACUGUUACAGCGGACACCAGUUCGGCCUGUUCGCGGGACAGCUGGGGGAUGGAGCGGUCAUGUACCUGGGGGAGGUAGAGUCGGUCACCCAAGGGCGAUGGGAGAUCCAGGUGAAAGGCGCAGGAGUCACACCUUACUCCAGAGAUGGCGAUGGCAGAAAGGUGCUUCGCUCCAGCAUCAGAGAGUUCCUGUGCAGCGAGGCCAUGGCUGCCUUGGGGAUACCCAGCAUCCGUGCAGCUUCCCUGGUGACCUCUGACCUCUAUGUCAGCAGAGACCCACUCAACAGCGGCGGCCGCAUUCCUGAGCGAUGCUCUGUUGUCCUGCGUCUCGCCCCUUCCUUCCUCAGAUUUGGAUCUUUUGAGAUUUUUCUGGGCCGGGAUGAUUUCUCAGGUCUGCAGGGUCCCAGUGCAGGGCGGCAUGACAUUCGCGCUCAGCUGCUGGAUUAUGUCAUUGAGAGUUUUUAUCCUCACAUCCAGCUGGCUUAUAGAAACCGGAAAGACAGGAAUAUGGCUUUUUUCAGAGAGGUUAUGAUGCUCACAGCAAAGCUAGUGGCGCAGUGGCAGUGUGUUGGUUUUUGCCAUGGCGUCCUUAACACAGACAACAUGAGCAUCUUGGGUCUUACUCUGGAUUAUGGUCCCUUUGGGUUCAUGGACAGGUAA